AUGUUUUAAGUUUUAAGAAGUGCAUUUGAAAGAAGAAAUUCUUUUGAAAAUUACUGGUGUCAUCUUUGUAAAAUGGAAAUAAUUUAAAGAAGUUAUCAAUAAGAAGAGAAUUAACAGGAAUAUUGUAUAUUAUGCGAUAGUCCAUUAGAAUAAAUGACUUAGGAAAUUAACUAAUCAGAAUUAAAAUCUUUUGAAAUUUAUGUAUCUCCUGAAGCAUAAGAGUACAGGAGAUAAACUAAUUGGAUAUAAAAUCUUAGUGAGAUUUCUGAUUUAGUAAAUAUUCUAGCUCUUUUUACAGAGAAUAUAUUUUUUUUAGAAGAACAAUAGUAAGGUGCAACUGAAUUAUAAAUAAAUAGUUUAAAAGAACAUAUUGUAAGCAUAGAAGAUUAAUAAAAAACUUGUUAUAUAUGUUAGGAAGACUUUAAGAUUGAUGAAGUGGAAUUAUCAAUGAAUUGUUGUCAUGAUUUUCAUAAAGAUUGCUUGACAUAAUGGUUAAAGAUAAACAAUUCUUGUCCAGUCUGCAGAGCAAAAAUAAAUUGA